GAAUGGUCUUCUGAGUUGAAGCAGAUCUCGUCGUCAGUGACGAACUGUGAGAGCUUUUUGCGAUUAUUUGUGCAAAAGGACGCGGAGGAUAUAGCUCGGAGGGCAGUUUAUGGAAUCAAGUGUGACUGCAAUUGUUCUCCUCGCCCGGUUCUCGUGGAGCAAGCAAACGGUGUGGGCGAUGUUGAUCGGGGAUCGGGUUCUACGUCAAGCCCUUCCGAGGGUUUGGGUCCUUCACUUUUUCCAGCGGUGCGAGAUUCCGCUCAGCUGGACACCCACGAGGAAGUGCAAUGGGCCAUGCAGUUCAUCACUUAUGGUCUGACGAUGCCAGCUGAGCACUGGGACGUGGUAGUGCACAGUGCUCAUAUCUACUGCUGUUGGCUCCGAUAUAUGCUUCCUUUCGGGGGUCAAAACACGAGUCCUUCGUCCACAGCUCCUCCACCACUACCAUUCCAUUAUCCUCGUGCGUUGCGACGUGAUCCAAUGCGAUACUUGGAUCGUAUUUUGUCGUCUCUGUGCUUCUUUUUCUUGCCACGCUUCCCUGAACCUCUUUGGAAUCAUCCCAAGUGGAUUGUUAACAGCUUGGGUCGUACUGUUGUGGCCAUCAAUAAAAAUUUGGAAGACCAAGUCGAUCUACCUGAAUCGUUCGUUGUUGUUGAACGUGUCAGUUCUACGCACAUGCUUCACUCUCAACUAAAAGUCACCCAAGCAAUCGUACAAGCCGUGGAAUCAGUACUAAGCAACGCAGCUAAUCUACCACCCAAUGCUUGGGACUCUCUGUUGCAGUUUUGUUUGAAUAUAUCGCACGCUGUGCUGGCCCCUCCUUUACCCGUGCCUAGUCCUCGUCCGAAGCCUACGAGCGCUGCUGGCGCUGGAUUUUAUCCUGGCUCAUUUCCCGUCACCAUGUCCCCUGCCGUGCUCUCCGAGGCCAGUGGUAGCACCGCGGUCGUGACAAACACGACGAGGACUACAGAAGUUGCAGCAAUGGACCCAGCCCGUCUGGCGGAAACCAUUGUGGAUCAAGUUGUCAGUUUGCUCAUGAACACCUGGAUGACAGCCUGCUCCUAUUGCUUCCCCCGUCCGCAGAUGUGGGCCGCCCUCAAGGAUUGUGUACGGGUGUGGCGUCACCAAUCUGUACUGGUCUACCACUGGUGUCGUGUUCUUAUAGCGGUGACGAGCCACCUGAUGGGAAUCCUUUACAGUCCAGCAAAUGUUUUAGCGGGCGCUGAUACACCAGCUCCACCAGUUUUGCCGACAGUCGACAAGUUUGGUGUGACCGUCCUUCCGCAUGAGAUGUCCACGGAGAGUGUCAAAGAAAGCUGGCUGCGUUUGUUGUAUCUACUGGGUAAUCCUGUGGAUAUUUGCGAUAUGCGCACACUCGCUACUCCAGUCUUGGAAAUGUUCAAUUAUAUUCUUCAAGUCUUAUGGGGCUCCUUUCAUCUCGUUUCUUUCAUGCACAAAAGCUACAAACUCAACAUACUAGUGAUAGAAAUAUUUAUUCUUUCGAUUUGCAGAAAAACCGCCGCUGCGGAUCGUGUGGCCGCUGCGUCCAUCCACUUGCCCUACGUUUAUCACCAAAUGCUGCGAGGUCUGUCCGCGGUGGUUGAUGGUUUCCUUGGGAUUCAACCAAGUUUGGCCAUCGGGAUAGAAGCAGCGUUGGGUGUACCGAAUGAUCUCUAUCGUCCCCUGGGCUCUGUGUCCCCACCCUCCAUUGCUGCUGUUGGUGGUAGUGGUAGUGGUGUGGAAGUUGAUGUCGACAUGGUGAAAUCGAUUCCGCUGAUCACGGCGGGGCCUCCGGUUCCAGUACAUCGCAGCUCGGGCGCUGUCGGCUUUCCGGACAAAGGAUCUCGUAAAAACAAAUCAUCCGUUAGUGGCACUCCGAUGUCUUCUGGAAACGUACCCCUACGAGCCUCCCACUCGGUUUCUCCUGUAGACUCAUCAAUUUUAUCAACCAGUGCACCUCAAAUCGCCGGAAUUUCGCAACAUGGUGGACCAAGUGCUGGCACAGGUGCUUCAACAGCCUCGAUAAAGUCGACGCAGUCUUCAGCUUGGACCAUGUCUCCAACCUCCAACUUCGUGCACUUGCGGACGUUAGCUCCACAGUGGCUCGGCCCAGAACCCAACCGAUGUUUGCGUGAUCAAAGACCCGAAGCAAACACGUUACUUCGACUUCUUGGAUCCUGGUUAUUCGAGGCUUCUGUCGUUGGGGCCGCAAAAGAUGUCAACCUUGCCGUUAUUUCAAAUCGCUCAGAGCAGUUCCCUGCGCAUUUGAAUUUUCAAGUUGGUCGUGCGGAAGCGUUGGGUGCACUGUGUCGUAUUAUGUUGUACGCCAGACGCGGUCAAUUGGCUCGAGAGUAUCUCGUUCGUUUCUUCCUCUGUCUUCACUAUGGAUUGGAAACCGAAUUAGGCCGCAGCGACUAUGUCCUGUCCACAGUACUGUUCUACUCUAUCGACUUGCUUCGGGUCGAUUUACCGGGAAUAAACAUUAUCUUGCCACGCCUAUUCGCCGCAUGUCAACUCGUAUUCAGAGAUGCAAAUAUAAUACGGCCAGAAUUUAUCACCCCGACGUUGCUGAGGCGAGCGGCGCUUCAUCAUCUCAUGGCUAUGGUAUGCAUCCCUGUGCAAUUCAAAGGUCUGGUGCUUCGAUGUUUGAUUCCUGUGGCGAAUAAUCCCAAAGACCCACCGACGAUGAAUGACUUGAGACGUCAGUUGGCCUACCUUUUGUGCGACUCUUUGGAGCGGGAAAAGGACCCUGUCAAUUUCCAGAUGUUACUUACUACUUCACUGGCACUACUGGAGGAUAUGGCAGCUGACGAACAGAGUUCUCGUACACCUUGUCCUCCUAACCAAACCGCAGAGGUCAACCGUAAACGUUUGGAUACCACAUUCGGUUUCUACCACCAGCUGAUUCCAUGUCUGUGCAACUUACUGGUAACUGACUGGGGAUCAGACUCUGUUGCGCAGUAUAUUCUCGAAAUCUUGAUUGGUCUGUCCAGCGUGCAGAUUUGGCCCUCAAAUCGUAUGCUGUACAGGGAAACUGUUCGGCACAUAUGCGAAUUCAUCACAAAACAAUGUCAACGUGAGUCCAGAGAUCACAAGCGGCAGUUGCACAGCAUCAUUGUGGCCGCGUAUUCCUGUCUGUCUUCUUGGGUCGUUGCGCACGCGCGACAUGUUCUAUUUGAUCGCGACUGUUUGCAAAUCGUGCUUGGAACAAUAGAACUGGGUAUUUGUGGCCAGAAGUCCAAGGCUACUUCCGUACCAAUAGCUAAGGCUGAUAAGAAGCCAACUCCCGCUUCGAAGCGGGUUCAAGAUGCGGCUGAGUCGACCCUAUCCGUACUGCUAUCACUCGCUGGUGCAUAUCCCGGCGUGACUGGCUCGGCUACUACAUGUUCUCGCCUGGUUGAAGACCAGCUCAUUCAAGCACUGGCCCCAGAAGACGAAGUUCGAAGACAACCAGAAUUGUUGCGAGAGCUGCGCCAACAGUUUCAAUACUUUUGGUCUGAACCUGGUGUUCUCUUGGGUAUCCUGGAGGUUGCUCAGUGCCGAGAGGUGCUGAAAUCUCGAGGUGUCUCGCUGAAUAAGACAGAAGAGCUGGAAUUGCCAAAAACCAUUAUCGUGCUGCGUGGGCCAUUUGGACGUCAUGUGUGGGCGGUUCGCAUGCGACAACUUCCAAUUGACGACCCAGAAGCGAGUGCCAGUCCGGUUCAACUAGCCCCGCCUUCCAGACCGAAAGCUUGGGGGUGCUUCCUGGAGCGUCUUUUAGUCACAAUCGACAGGAACAAGACAGUGGAAGCACUUACUUUCCCAGCAAGCAUCAGUGAUAUUCCCCUGGUGGACGCUGAUAGCUCAAUUGGUUCAAUUGAGCAAGUUGGUGGUGCACCUGAAAGCCAGUCACGCGUGGAAAUCAACACUAUCAAGAAUCUUAUCACGUCACAGUCGGCUAAAAUCGAAGAGGUGGGUUUGAAAUGUCUGAAACAACGUCUCAACGCCCCAUUCCCAGACCCACUGGUUGAAGCACAUCCACCUAGUUCUAACGCCUCGUUCCAAGUGGGGCGGAUGCUUCUGACCAAUCUUGGCUACCUAUCUGCCAACACUUUUGCCAUGAUGGAACUGGAUGCCUUGAAGCCCGUUGGAAAUAGUGAGAAACCGGCCCCAAGUCCUGCGGUUCCGCCUGCACAAAUCAAAGGCGGGCAAGCUGCGCUGGGAAGCAGUCAGUUGGUCCAAUCUUCAAACACUGAAUUAUCGACUGGUGCUGCCCCACUCGACCGAGACGUCACACUACAGGCGUGCCAAACAUUCUUCGCCUUGGAUUCACAUAAUUCAGAUAUACCUUCUAUUGUGGAUUCGUUAGAUCGUUUACCGACACGAACUGCAGACACACUGUUGGUCUUUUAUGUCGGCGCCGGGCAGUCUAAGGUGGACGUCAUUCUCUCCAACAUGAAAAACUGGAGUCAGCUGUCGAAUGAAUUCCACGCAUUUAUUCGAAACCUCGGUUCCUUCGUCGAGGUUGCCAAACACCCCGGAUGGACCGGAUGUAUUGAGACAAGCUAUCAUGCAGUGGACACCUCAGUUGGAUUCACCGCAGACCCGACGGUUUCCAGUAGAUCGACCACCUCUACCCCGUCAUCUGCCCCUGAUGGUCAUGAGCUCAUUGUCUAUUCCGCUGAUGCUCUCACUGAGUUCGCCUGCGUGUGCCCAUCGGACUACUAUUUGGCCCCUGUAACCUCAUUUGAACCAGAAAAAGCGGAAAUAUCACGGCGAGCAUCGAUGCUCGCCGACCCACCAACUGGCGGAGCGCAACGCCUAGCACAACAGCAGAGUAGCACCACAAUGUCCGGUGAGCCUGGAGGCGAUCCAACUGGCGGGCGGGUGGCUGUGGUGUGGCUUGAGCGCUGGGAGGACGGUCCAGUAACAGCCGGUCCUGAUAACCCUGGAUGGGCAAUACAGCAAAUGACAAAUCAGCUCUUCGGCUGUCCUGUGACCAUCUAUAUACAUCCGCUCAGUUCGAAACUCUACCGCGUUGGUGUUCUACGAGCUCCAGGUCGCGUCUUUGAUGCCGGACCACUGAUCAACGGCUCGGUCCUUAGUCACCGUGUCCUGGGAAGCUUCGUACGUCAAACGGUUACGAACGUCUCGCGUCGCCGUCGCCUGGCUUCUGAUCAGUUUCAACCACCACAUGUGAAGCGUAAAUACCGCAUCUGCGAAUUGGAACAAGCUUAUCGGACACAACUGAAUCGUAGUCAAUCCAUUGCAAAGCAGACCAGCUAUUGCCCUCAGGUUGUUCUGAAACUUUUCACAGCAGCUGCGUGAAGGUAGAACCUGGUUCACAUACUGCGUAUUUAUUUCAUCCUUUAGACAGCUGGUUUUGCUCUCUGAAAUGAUACUGCCCUUAUGUGAUCUCGUUCGCGCACUCUUUUCACCAGGGAAACGCCCAGAUUUGACCAUGUGCAUAUCCGUUGUUCAGGCGUAUCAAUGACGCUUAUCUAUCUGUUUGGCUUUCUUUUUUGUUUCUACUUUUGUACACACUGCACCAAGAAGC